UUUUUCUACAAAGCGAAAUGGUGCGUUACUGUUGAUUGAGACUCUAAAAGUAUUUAAAGGCAACGUUUUAAAAAUAAAAUGGCACACUGGCAGAAUGAGAAGGACUGAUUUUGUGAAGCGUAAAAGCGUGCAUGAAAAAUGUGUUAUGUGCAUGUUUUUAGCAAAUGAUUUCGGCAGAGGAAGACGACGUCGGCCCUGUCAAAGGGAUACGUUCAUGCCGCUUCCCUACAGACGGAGAAAAUGGUCCCAAGGCAGGCCUACUUCACAUGCUCAACAGAACCAUAAUCAGCAAGAAUUACCAACAAACAUAGGUUAUGGUUCCAAUGACAAGCCGAUUUUGAAUAUAAUUAUAGCGGAUCUGCGGCCCUUAAGUUCUGUGACAAGAUAUCAUCUCACAAGGACACUACAUCCCUCCUUAGAUGCUCAGCUGAGUACCUCGUGGAUCCGGAAUGAACUUCAGAACCUUUACAGACACAAGAGGAUGGAAGUACAGAAUGCAAUCAAUAACGCAAGUGACCUCUCUCUCUCAGCUGAGUUGUGGAGCUCCAGGGAGAAGGUGUUUUACCUGACAGUGUCCUGUCACUUAAUCAGCGAAAACUGGAGGCUGAAAUCGUACGUGCUAGAUACAGCCCAUUUACUCAUCAAGCACACAGCAGAGAACGCAGCAGAGCACCUUUUGAGAAUUUCAAACGAGUGGAACGUCACAGAAAAAACUCACAUCGUGGUAACAAACAUUGAUGGGAUAAAGAAGGCCCAUAACAAUGGAUGCAGAUGGACCUAUAUACCUUGUUUUGCUCAUACUCUGGAUAGAGUUUUCAGAGAAACCAUACAGAGAACCGACUGCGAAUCUCUUCUCAGGAAAUGUCAGCAAAUAGUUGCGUUUUUCCACCAAAGCGACAAAGCCUUACAAAAUCUCCAGCAGUACUGCGUUUCUCUCAAUCUCAGGCAAAGCCAACUGACUCAGUCGUGUGGUCUAAAGUGGCUUACUACUCUCUAUAUGCUGAAGAGCAUCUCAGAGCAGUGGCAAGCCAUUUUUAAGGUUUUUGUCGACGGGCGAGUGGAUAAUCUUUUCCUGAAUGAGAAUGAAAGAAAAAUAAUUGAAAACAUUGUGGCAGUGCUGGAUAUUUUGAAGAACGUAACAGAGGAAGUAGGAAGAAAAGGGUUCAUCCCCAUCUCAAACAUCAUACCGCUUGUCCAAAAGCUGCAGGAGAGGCUGAGAAACCAAGGAAUGGUGGAGAACAGAAUAGCGAAGGAACUGUCAGAAAUGUGUGACUUUCAUAUUGGCAGCAUUAAGAAAAACCUUUGGUUUCGAGUUAGCACAGCACUGGACCCACGGCAUAAAACUAGCGUUCUGCAGGACUCUGGCAUUGAAGAUAUUACAGCAGAAAUCAGGAAGCAGAUCAGAGGAUCUGCAGUGCACUGCGCUCACGACACUGAAAGUGAAGAGUCAGUCUUUCAGAAGUACUGGAAAACAACAAGCAUUUCAGUGAACGAACUUGAAUUCUGGAAGAGCAAUAAAGACUUUAAAAAACUGGCAGUGGUGGCCCGCAAGUAUCUGACAGUGGUCUUCACCGCUAUCCCAGUGGAACGUGUGCAUCAGCUGCGAGAAUCACAGCUUGUCGACCGGAGAAACUGUCUGGAACCAGAAAAUGUCAAUAUGAUCCUGUUUUUGAACAGCAACCAGUGAAGAAAUCACAAAAUAAGUAUAGUUUAUGUAAAUGAUGCUCAGCAAUGUACUUUUUUACAGUCACAAUUUAAAUGUCAGAAUCUUUGAAUCUAUUAAUCUGUGAAUUAAAUAUUUUUGUAGCAUUUGUGACAACGUUAGUGCUGUCAAACGGUUAAUUGUGAUUAAUCACAUCUAAAAAACAAGUUUUUGUUUACAUAGUAUAUGUGUGUGU